AGGGGCGGGCCCGGGCCUAGGGUGGCGGGAGGAGCAGGGAUGUGGCGGAGGGCAGCGUCCUGACGGGCCUGGCUGCGGGGGAAUGAAGCCUCCGCCUCCUCGGGCAGAAUCCUUUAAAUACGGGCUCGAGCCCGGGACUCUGGGUGCUGUGCUUUGCAGCCUGAAGGAGGGGCGUACAGUGAGGGGAGGUCAGGCGGAGCAGGACGAGAGCGCAGAAGCUGCUGCAGCGCGGCGGGUAGCGAGGAACUGUCCGAGAGGUCGGAAUAGGAGCGGCCGCUGCGCUCGGUGCCUGGAAGUGGGUAGGAGCCUUAAAUUGGGAAUAUUAAUUUUUCAUGAAAGUGAACAAGGGACCAGGCCUGAAGCAGUUGAAGUAAUUUUUCUGACACCCGAUGCCAAGCCCUUUCUACUGUAGAGGUGGGGAGAUCAGCAGCAAAUGCUGGAGACACAUCUAUGUUUAAUCAUGUUUGAAAUUAAGAAGAUCUGUUGCAUUGGUGCGGGCUAUGUUGGAGGACCUACAUGUAGUGUCAUUGCUCAUAUGUGCCCUGAAAUCAGGGUAACAGUUGUUGAUGUCAAUGAAUCAAGAAUCAAUGCAUGGAACUCUCCUACACUCCCUAUUUAUGAGCCAGGACUAAAAGAAGUGGUAGAAUCCUGUCGAGGAAAAAAUCUAUUUUUUUCUACCAAUAUUGAUGAUGCCAUUAAAGAAGCUGAUCUUGUAUUUAUUUCUGUGAACACCCCAACAAAAACCUACGGAAUGGGGAAAGGUCGCGCAGCAGACCUGAAGUAUAUCGAGGCUUGUGCCAGACGCAUUGUGCAAAACUCACAUGGGUACAAAAUUGUGACUGAGAAAAGCACAGUUCCAGUGCGGGCAGCAGAAAGUAUUCGUCGAAUAUUUGAUGCAAACACAAAACCCAACUUGAAUUUACAGGUGCUGUCCAACCCUGAGUUCUUGGCGGAAGGAACAGCCAUCAAGGACCUAAGGAACCCAGACAGAGUACUGAUUGGAGGGGAUGAAACCCCAGAGGGCCAGAGAGCGGUGCAGGCACUGUGUGCAGUGUAUGAGCACUGGGUUCCCAGAGAAAAGAUCCUCACCACUAAUACUUGGUCUUCAGAACUUUCCAAACUGGCAGCAAAUGCUUUUCUUGCCCAGAGGAUCAGCAGCAUUAACUCCAUAAGUGCCCUCUGUGAAGCAACAGGGGCUGAUGUAGAAGAAGUGGCAACAGCCAUUGGAAUGGACCAGAGAAUUGGAAACAAGUUUCUGAAAGCCAGUGUUGGUUUUGGUGGAAGCUGCUUUCAGAAAGAUGUUCUGAAUUUGGUUUAUCUCUGUGAGGCUCUGAAUUUGCCUGAAGUAGCUCGUUAUUGGCAGCAGGUUAUAGAUAUGAAUGAUUACCAGAGGAGGAGGUUUGCUUCCCGGAUUAUAGACAGCUUGUUUAAUACAGUAACUGAUAAGAAGAUAGCUAUUUUGGGAUUUGCAUUCAAAAAGGACACUGGUGAUACAAGAGAAUCUUCUAGUAUAUAUAUCAGCAAAUAUUUGAUGGAUGAAGGUGCACAUCUCCAUAUAUAUGAUCCAAAAGUACCAAGGGAACAAAUAGUUGUGGAUCUUUCUCACCCAGGAGUUUCACAGGAUGACCAAGUGUCCCGGCUCGUGACCAUUUCCAAGGAUCCAUAUGAAGCCUGUGAUGGCGCCCAUGCUGUGGUUAUUUGCACAGAGUGGGACAUGUUUAAGGAACUGGAUUAUGAACGCAUUCAUAAAAAAAUGCUGAAGCCAGCCUUUAUCUUUGAUGGGCGACGUGUCCUGGAUGGGCUCCACAAUGAAUUACAAACCAUUGGCUUCCAGAUUGAAACAAUUGGGAAAAAGGUGUCUUCAAAGAGAAUUCCGUAUGCUCCUUCUGGGGAAAUUCCAAAGUUUAGUCUUCAGGAUCCACCGAACAAGAAACCCAGAGUAUAGACAUUGCCAUUUUUUUUGGUAAUUUUUUUGGUACUUUAGGAUAGCAGAUAUCUAUCUGAUAUUAAAUGGUAAAUGAACCAAGUGUUUUUAAGGAAACAAAGCUAUUUUUUUAAUAAUCAAAUUUAUCCUAGCUGUAUGGGAAUUAGCAUAUCUGGUAUUAUGAAUCUAGUAUAUUUUUUACAUAUUUUUAUAAUGUUAUUACCUCAGUGAUUGGAUGAGUGGUAAAUAAUCAUGUUGGUUUUAAUGGUGUCAAUUUUUGUAAAAUAAAAAUUAAACCUGAAACACUUUUUACUUUACAAAAUGUCCAUAGGCAGCACUUUAAUAUCAUGUUGUAAAGGAAAAGGCACUCUUUGGUUUUUCUGAUCAUUGGUUUAUUUACUUGUCUUUAAAUAAUGUAUUUUAAACCAUGAGAUUGCUGUCCUAAAUACUGGGCUAAACCUGCUAACCUUUCAAAAAGUGUCCUGGAGACUUGGAGGUUUCUGGCUUAAUUGGGUAAGGUGUUUGCCAAGCCACUUCUUGUCUCUUUGAACCUGGAAGGAAGAUGCAGUGGACAGAAUGGGGCCUUGUGUACUUUUCUUUUUCUUUUUGGAUGUGCUUAAAACAUUUUCCCUGUGCUUCCAUGUUACUAGUGACCCUGUAAGUUUGGUUUGGGAGUUUGCUCCUUUUGUUUUAAGGAGCUGUGUUGUUUUUUUUAGCCCAAGAAGAUCAUCACUGCUCAUUUCCAAUCAAUCCAAAUAAGACUAAAAGGCAAUUUUAUUUUUAACAUGAAUAGAAUAUCAGUAUUGGUCUAGUUUAUGCUUCACAUCUCAUUUUUUUUCUCACUGAUCAUUAUUUUUUUAGUUCAAGAGCCAAAAAUAUUUGUUACCUUUAUUUUACAUUUUUAUUUCUGUAACUCAUUGAAGUUUCCCCUUUUUCUUUAAAUAAGAAAACCAAUAUAAUCUCAUGUAUGAACUUAAGUAGAUUUUACAAAUUACGUAUAGCAUAAUUCUAAAAUAAGAAUUUUUGUAUGUUUCCAUGUGCUUUUUUCUUAUGGCUUUUAUUGACUUAUAUUUGAUUUUCUCUUGUACUUCAUCAUUAUUGAAAUAUGUCAGAUGUCCAUUUGAUGCUUGUGCUCUGCUGAGAAUGUACAUAUCAAGUUAAACAGAUACAAGUCUCAUUCUUUAGGAAUUUUGUAGCUCAGUGAGAAUGCAGAGACAAAUAUAAAGAUGAGGACAGACAUCUGUACAGAUGUCAAAUACAUAAAUAAAAUAUUCUGUG